GAGUCGGCAUUAGUCGACACAGGCCGGGCUCCUCCUCAUGGCAUAGCCCGGGCGAGGCUAAGCUUCGCAUAUCGGACUUAUCCUUAUUCAGCCGUUUUAAAGAUCCCUAAGUCACGAAGAAAUGGGAUCAGGCUUGUCAACCGAGACCCAAAAACUUAUCUCGCUGUCGGAAGCAGGGGAUGCCGAGGGGCUGCAGAAGGAGCUCGAAUCUCUGCCUGAAGAUUCACUGCAGACUUUCUUAGAUACGAAUCCUCUGCACACCCCUGCCAAGCUCGGUCACGAGGCGGCCGUCAGGUUCCUCCUGGAGAAAGGGGCCAAGGUCAACGCUAAGAACAAGGAUGGCCAGACUCCAUUACACUGGGCCGCUGAAGCAGGUCACAACAGGAUAGUACGGAUGCUCCUCAUGAACGGUGCCAAGGUUAACGCCAAGAGAAAGGAUGGAUGGAGUGCACUCCACGAAGCCGCUUUCAAUGGACACUGGACGACUCUGGAAGAACUCAGGGACCGGGGAGCUCAGGUGGGCGGGCUCAGCAAAAACAACGACACGCCCCUCCACCUCGCAGCUUCGCAAGGCCACGCCCUCGCUCUCUUCACACUUCUGACGUUAGGCGCCUCGACGUGCCAGAGCAAUAAGGAAGGAAAUACUCCCAUUGGCCUAGCAAAGACGAAACCCCCCCCAGGCCAAUAUGACUUAAUAUUAUCCCAGUGCAUUUCCAUUACAGAGGCAACGCGGAAAUGGCAUGCAGCGGAAAAGGAAAUCAUCAAACUGCGUAAAGAAAACGAGAAUAUGCAGGAAAAACUUGAGCGGGGAAUUGAAGAAAUAACCGGGAAAGACGUAGUUAUAAGUGAUCUGCAGAAGGAGAAGGGCGACCUGGAGGAAAUAAUUAGGACGAAGGAAGAGCAGAACAAAUCGCUGCAGAAAGAACAAGAACAAAAAGUUCUAGAAAUCAACGAGAAAAACAUUGAGGUAAUUAAUCUGCAGAAAGAGAAAAUCGUAUUGAAGGAGGAUCUUGGCAUAAUGGAAAAACGAAUCAAAUCACAAGAGGAGGAACAUCAGAAAAAAGUACAGGAGAUCAGUGGAAAAUAUGACAAGAUGAAAACCGAGGCAACUGAUUCACAGGCGAAGAACACAGAGCUCGAGGAAAUCCUGAGACUGAAAGAAGAGGAGAUAGAAUCAAUGCAUGAACGGAUAAGGAGUGACCAGUCAAAAAUGCUAGAUCAGCAAGUGAAGCAUGUGUAGAAAAAAUCAGAAUACGAAAUACAGGAGCGUGUCAGGUCUUUGGAGGAACAGCACACGCGAAAGGUAAGAAGUCUUCAAAAAUCGCAGCGCAAGAGAGACGAAGAGGCAAUUAAAGAAAAAAAAGAAAUGGAAAAAAAUCAUGACAUGGAGAUUGAAUUACUGAAGGACAAGUUAGACGAGCGAGAACAGGAACUUACUGAACUAAGUUUGCAACUGGAAGACUUGAAGUUGAAGGUCUCGUUAGACCGGGACUUGAAAGGCUUCGAUUGUCCUGGAGCGCUGAGUGGUAACAUACUCCAAGAGCGAGGACUCGCAGUAGCAAAAUUUUCGGAAGCAAAUGACGGGAUCAGUUAUCUACAAGAAGCAGGAAGCUACGAAACAGUUGGCCGCGACAAAUAUCCGCAAACAGCAUUUACUGACAAGUAUCCACAAAGAGCAGAAAACGACGAAAAUCUACAUAGAGCAGGCAGUCACAGAGAUCCACAAACAGAAAACUACAAUAACUACCCACAGGCAGAAUACAACGGCCAGUAUCUGCAAACGCCAGGCAGCAACAAAUAUCCAAGAGGAGAAGGCAGAGGAAGGGGGCGGAGAACAUCAGGCAAGAGGGGCAGGUUUAACCAAGCAGCAGGUAUUACUGAGUCUUCGCAAGCAGUAGGCAGAGGCAGAUAUCCACAAACAACAGGCAGAAAUAGAACUUGGAGAGCAUCAGGCAAUGGUAACAAGUAUCAGCAAGCAACAAAGAAUGAGUCGUCAACCGUUUACAGUGGACGUGUUCAGUGCCCUGCAAAUUUGAAUUCAUAUGAGAGUGACCAGUGAGUGCAUGAGGUAGGCAGAUAAAUAUAGAGAUAGAGAGAGGGAAUUAGGUAGUGUUUUUUCAUUAUUGUAGAAAUAUUAUGUGGUUCACCAGUGUCACUAAUUGUUAUGUUACCGAUAUUCUUUACUUAUUUCUUUUGUUCUUACUAUUAUUAUAACGGUUAUAAAAAUCACACUUCUUACUUCUGUUAUUGUUACCAACAUAUUUAUGAGUCCUAUUGUGUAAGGAAUUCAUUUACUCACCUAAUGUGUAUCCCUCUCUGAACCUUCUCAUAAUUUAGGCUUCCAUUGUCAACAAUUCAAGAAUCAAGAGUUACAGAUGUAAGGUUAGGGUUAGUAGAGCUGUUAUAUAAGGAAACAAGAAAUGGAACUAGAAAAACACAUCCUAUAGAAAAUGAUGAAGCCAUACACGGAAAGUAAAAUGCAUGCAAGCAAAAUUAAAAGUAUAUAAAAAAUGAAAUCACAGAUGAAAUUAAGUAAAUAAAAUAAAAAUUUAUAGAAAAAAAUACAAAAAAUAAAAAUUUAUAGAAAAAAAAAUACAAAAAAUAAAAAGAGGGAAUAUAAGCCAUAUAUAACGUAAGUAAAUUUAAAACGUUCAGUGUCACUGCCUGUACGUUUUCCAUAAACCAACUCGAUUGUGAUAUGUGACCUUGGUGACAGCAAUAAAUGCUGUGGAAAACA